GACCGACUUUACCACUUCACCACCAGCUUUCUUUCUAGAACCCUCCAGUUCUUCUCCGUCUUUCCCCAAUAUUAAUCCUCUCCGCCUCCAUUCUUCCACCCAAUCCCUGCAAUUGCAAAUCCUCACAUCUACUCGCAGAAUCAAUCUCGAGCUCACCACGCAAUUCACUAAGCUCCCCACCAAUGGCGAAGUUCGGAGAAGGGGACAAGCGCUGGAUCGUCCAAGACCGCACCGACGGCACCAACGUCCACAACUGGCACUGGUCGGAGACCGACUGCCUCGAAUGGUCCCGCAACCUCCUCUCCAAGCUCCUCGCUAACCUCACCCUCCUCGAUGGCGAAGGAAACCUCUUCAUCCGCACCAAGAACAUCGAGAAGGUCGAGGGCGAGGCCUACGUCAACAUCCGCAAGGGGAAAAUCAUCCCUGGAUACGAGCUCAGCGUCGCUCUAUCCUGGGAAGGCGAGGCGAAAGACGCCGACGGCAAGUCCUUGCUCAAAGUCGACGGAUCUGUGGAUAUCCCUUACAUCUCCGACGAGAACGCGGAUGAGGAUCCCGAAAUUAGGGUUACAGUGAGGGACGACGGCCCGAUCGGGAGGAGAUUGAAGGAGGCGAUGCUGGCCAAAGGGAAACCGGUGAUUGAGGAGAAGGUUAGGGUUUAUGUCCAGACUAUGGCACAGGGUGGUCCUGCUAAGGACGAAUUGGAGGCCAAGAAGGUCGCGCCCAAGGCGCAAUCGACGACGGCGGGGAAGAAGGAUUCGGGAGCCGCUGCCGCCACCGCUCCGGUGGUGGAGAAGAAGGUUAAAGAGACCAACAGGAAAGGGUUCAAGUCGAUAAGCUUGACGGAGAAGUUCAGCUGCAGGGCGAAGGAUUUGUACGAGAUACUAAUGGAUGAGAACAGGUGGAAAGGUUUUACGCAGAGCAAUGCCAAGAUUAGUAAGGAAGUUGGAGGCGAGUUUGCCAUUUUUGAUGGGUCUGUGACAGGGAACAACGUGGAGCUUCAAGCUGGGAAAUUGAUCGUGCAGAAGUGGAGGUUUGGGAGUUGGCCUGAUGGGAUGAUCUCCACGGUGAAACUUGUGUUAGAUGAACCAGAGCCUGGAGUGACUAUAGUGAAGCUGACACACACCGAUAUACCAGAGGAAGACAGAUAUGGCAAUGCAACAGUGGUGGAGAACACGGAGAGGGGAUGGAGGGAUCUCAUCUUCCACAAGAUACGUGCAGUUUUUGGCUUUGGCAUUUGAGGUUUUGCAAUGUCGGAUGAGAGUGCUAGGAAGAUGUAGAAUUUUUCCAGAAUUCAGCAUCCAUCAAUGGAGUCUAAAUUAAACAAGGAGUCAUUGAUGAUGUGGGGCGAAACAUUUAGCUUGUUCUUAUUCUCUCUCUAUUUGUUCCUUUGGAAAAGUUUGAAGGAUUGUUAUGUUGGUUCUUUUGGGGUUUUGGAACUGGUUUCUUUUGUAUCUCAUCAAUGAACGCAACUGGUUUAG